AUGCGCGGUGCUCCAACAGGAAAGAAUACUGGACAUGAAGUACGAGAAAAAUAUCUCUAUGGUGCGACCCAGGCAGAUGCGCAGACUAUUCUCAUGCAAGCAUUCUCAAAUCUGGAAAGUUGCCCCGUACAAGUGGCAGAGCGCGUGGGAAAUGCCACCACUCUAUACCAGACAGAAGACGAGCAGAUGGUCAUCGUAAUGGUGCAUAUGCAUGUCACUGAAAGAGCGAGCCGUUACCCAGUCGGUUUUGAGAACACCGGACAUCCGCGCCGAACAACCUCUAUAUGA